CGGCCGUGGUGCCGCCCAAGGCGGAAGCGGCUCCCGGACGGAACCGGCUCGCGGGUGCAGCGAUGGCUGCUGGCGUGCCCUGCGCGCUCGUCACCAGCUGCUCCUCCACCUUCUCCGCAGACCGGCUGGUCCAACAUAUCCUUGGAACAGAAGAUCUUAUUGUGGAAGUGACUGCCGACGAUGCUGUGAGAUUUUAUCCCUGGACCAUUGAUAAUAAAUACUAUUCAGCAGAUAUCAAUCUGUGUGUGGUGCCAAACAAGUUUCUCGUCACUGCAGACAUCGCAGAGUCUGUCCAGGCCCUUGUGGUUUACUUUGACAGCACACAAAAAUCUGGUCUUGAUAGUGUUUCGUCAUGGCUUCCCCUGGCAGAAGCAUGGUUACCUGAGGUGAUGAUCUUGGUUUGUGAUAGAGUCUCUGAAAACGGUGUAAACCGACAGAAAGCUCAAGAAUGGUGUAUCAAACAUGGCUUUGAAUUGGUGGAACUUAGUCCCGAAGAGUUGCCUGAGGAGGAUGAUGACUUCCCAGAAUCUACAGGAGUAAAGCGAAUUGUCCAAGCCUUGAAUGCCAAUGUCUGGUCCAAUGUAGUGAUGAAGAAUGAUAGGAACCAAGGCUUUAGCCUUCUCAGCUCAUUGGCUGGAGCAAACCAUAGCCUUGGACCAGUGGAGCCCUGCCACUCGGAGCAGCAGCCCCGUUUGCCGGCGGCAGAUAGGACCGACUCCCUCUUGGAUCACCCAGGUGGCGCGUCUAACACGGGAGACACUCAGGCCGACAGCGUUGUGGAUCCCAUGUUAGACCUGGAUAUUCAAGAACUGGCCAGUCUUACCACAGGCGGAGGAGAUUUGGAGAAUUUUGAAAGACUAUUUUCAAAGUUAAAGGAAAUGAAAGACAAGGCUGCGACGCUUCCUCACGAGCAGAGAAAGUUGCAUGCAGAGAAGGUGGCCAAGGCAUUCUGGAUGGCAAUUGGGGGAGACAGAGAUGAAAUUGAAGGCCUUUCAUCCGAUGAAGAACACUGAAUUGCUCAUGUUAGGGCUUGGCUGACAGGCUGACUCUGAGACCCUUCCCUGCUCAACCCAGUCAUCUUUUGCUGAACAUUCGGUUAUCAUGUUGGCCGCCUGACUUGUUUAUAGGGUCCCCUUAAUUCUACUUUUCAGUAGGGGUUAAGGAGAAAUCUCUUCUCCCUCGGUAUAUUGUAGGAGAGUGUGAAUGACAAUAAGGAGUGAGAAUUUUUCAAAUACACACUUUUUUGUUUAGGAAUGGCAGUCGGAUGAGGCUCUAAGCCCCGUGUGAUUUGCCCACGUUGAAGAGGAAGGUGCACCAGGCCAGCCCCAGUCAGUCUUUUCCGUAGCAUCCCCUGCACUCACACUUGUUACUGCAGAGCCGGAGCUGGGGCCACCUUUCCUGGGUGUUCUGGAUUUUCUCUUUCAAGGAACUUGCUCUGAGGUUUGAUGCUUUUGCCGGGGGAAAGGAAGAAGCUUUAGAUGUGAUUUGUGCUGUUGUAGAGAUGGGGCCAAAGCCACUGGCCCUGACAUUAGUCUCUAGCUUUUUAAAAAAAAAAAAAUGCAUCUGGGCAUUUCAUUUGAAGUUAUAGUAUCUUAGCUCAUGCUAGAAUUGUUGAGAAACCAAUGUGAAUUUUUAGACUAUAGUAAAUGAUGCAAGAGGUUCCUACUCUGGUAGGGGUAAAGUAAAUCCCUCUCUAGCAAGUCACUGGAGAGGGAGAGCACGUGAGAGAGGGAGAGAAACUUAAGGAACUCCCUGUGUGGGCCAUUGCAACAGUAUGAUCGUAUCCUGAGAUUUUAGUGUUAGUAUUACCAUGAAGAAAUUUUUCUUCAUCCCAGAAUUGUCCCCUGCUACUCGAAAUGUCAGAGCUGUGUUGCCACACAUUAUACCCUUAAAACAAGGUGCGAUUCCUCCUUUCUCUCUCAAAGCCGGAGAUCACUGCCAACAUAGUAACACUAAGGAGCGGGCUUGGUGGGAGAAGAUGUGAGAUGUUGGGCAGUGAAUCCCUGAGUCCCUUGUGUCACCUCCAGGAGGCGUGGGUCAGCCCCAGGGAAACCGAUCGCCAAAGGGGAGGUUUCCACAGCAAGAGUAGCAAGUACAGCAAAUCAAAGGCGUCUUCCUGUUCUGGCGACACUUGGAAACGCACAACCUUAGCCUUCACUGUGGUGCUCACUGCCCUGGCUCUGAACCGGCUCCGGGCACGCGGGCCGAUAACUGCUCCCGGCCUAGUGUGGACUGUCAGCCCCUGAGGUCACCAGCAGAAACCAGCUUCAGACCCCUCCGUGCAGCACCUUCUAAGCUCUGCAGAGCCUGAGACAGAUGGCAGGAGGGACCAAAUGCUGCAGGUCCCGGGCCAGGGAGACCGCAGGAGGGAAGGGUUCGGUGAUCGGAACAUUCAGGAAGAGCCAUUCCAGGGCACAUUGGAGGCUCUUGCUUGAUGAGUUUUUUCCUUCUCCACCCCCCCCACCCCCCCCAGUAUUCUGAAAGUCUUUGAGACUGUAGUUUACCACCAUGCCAUCAGUGUUUCUUUGAGGUAACUGCAUUAGCCAUUGGUUGGGAAUGUAAGGGAUGCUGGCACUGGGGUCACAAAAUGAAAUGUGGCAUAUGGUUUUCUUAAAACCUGAAAGUUUUCAGAAAAUAUAUUAGGUACAUGGUUAGAGAAAACAGACUAGAAAAAGCUGUGAACUUGAUUUUGUGGAUUAAAUAAGGCCAGGUGAUUAAAAUGUGAUUUAUUUAUAAA